CACAAGAUUUCCGCAUUUCGUUGAUUUUUCCAUGGGAAGAUGGCGACCGUCACAACGGCCACCUCAGAGUGGAUCCAGUUCUUCAAAGACUGUGGGAUCCCCCCUGGACUGGCUGUCAAUUAUGCCAUGUCAUUUGUUGAUAACAGGAUCCAGAAGAACAUGCUCAUGGACCUCAGUAAGGAGAUAAUGAUGGACUUGGGUAUUACAGUCAUCGGGGACAUCAUAGCCAUUCUCAAACAUGCCAAGCAUGUGUAUAGACAGGAUAUGUGUAAAAUGGCAAGUGAGGCCAUUUCUUCUGGACAGACUAGUGUACAGGCUGAACUGAGACGUACUGCUAACACUCCUGCCACACGCAUGAUUGCCAAUGCUUUGAGCCGGGACUCCCCACCAAGCACGCCUGCUCGGCGCCCUGACAACCGAAUAUCAGUGACGGUCUCCAAUACGAGUGCCAAAACAGUGCCCAGCCAACCAGCAGAAGAAAAUGGUUUGCAAGUGAAGCGCCGGAGGGUAACUAAAGAAAUUGAGGGGAAAUACAUCAUAAACAUGCCAAAAGGCACAACAGAUUGCACUCAAUGCAUCCUUGCAAUGCAGGACAAGAAAGCCAAGGUUCUAAAGCGUACCUCAGUGUUUGAUAGACUUGGGGCAGAGUCUAAAGCAGACAUUACAACAGUCAAUAAGCAACCAACUGGUGUGUUUAGCCGACUUGGCGAAGCAGAUAAGGUUGUGGGAAAGACUGGAGUUGUCGCUGAUAGUUUUGAGAAUGAUGACAGUGAUGGUGAGGGGUCAGUGCUUCAGUAUGCCGGUGUCCUAAAACGGUCAUCUCCUUCCUCCAAAAAAGAGACUGUAACCCCCAAAUCUAAACCCCUCACCCUACGUCGGCUAGGGACCAAGUACAAACUUCCCUUAUCUGAGAGUACACCACCUAUCUCUUCUACCUCCUCGAAACAGGAGGGGACACCCAAACUGGGUGUAUUACAGCGACUGGGCAAGGCUCCCUCAGUCAACCCUACCUCUUCAACCUCUUUUGUCAGUCAGUCUGCAGAUACCCAAGACAGUCACGUCACAAGUAGCAGAAGCAAGGCCCAGGGCAGCUUUGCUCUGGCCAGCCCUAAGGUCACCAGUAGUACAGGUGACUGUCAUGGGGCUCAGAUGGACGUUGGAGCAGUCAGUGUAUUCAAGAGACUGGGCGCCAGGAAACCCUAGUGCAAAGAAACUUUUUAUCCAACUUCCCCUUUUUAAAUCCUAUUUGCCCACCUGAGCCUCACUCUCAGGGUACCCAAUUUCCAUGUGAGAGUGUAGAGUGGAUAAACUCUAUGAUGACCCCCUGUUGGUUUGGAAAGUGCUGUUGCUCAUACAGGGUUAUGAUAAUGGUAAUAGUUUAAGGGACAGUUACAAUAUUAGUUGUAUUGGUGUGGAAUGAAGCCCUGUAUAAUCUGCUUAAAUAUCAAGCUGCGUACCUCAUGUUUGGUUAUGUGAAUCAUACUCUCCAUCACUCCUACUUUUAUAGCUACUCUCCUGAGUGAAAUGUUUUUACCAGAUUACAAAAUUUUUCCAAAAUUGUAUAAUGCAUGCCACCAAGCGUCAGAUGCCUGAAAUGUUGAUUUUUACUAUAUGAGCCAAGAGCUCUAAUUGAAAGCAUGUUCUGUGUUUACCACAAGCACCUCAGUUUACAGAAUUGUCCUUGAAUAUGGUCCAGUAAGCUCCUCUUCAACCCUCAUUUGCCUCCCUGAUUUCAGCUAAUAUUUCGAAUUAAGACGACACCUUUAAAUGGCUUAAAACUGCACAUAUCCUUUAAUGUGCCUUUUAGACUUAUUUUGAACUGUUGAAGACACAAAUUAUCAGCAUGUUAAAGAGCCCCUUCUAUAAAAUUUCCUAAUUUGAAAUGCCAUCCAGUGGAGCAUUGCUAUGUUAAGUGUUACUUGGACAAGUAAAGCUGAAAUAAUAUUGGUAGUUGCAUGCUGUUACCAAGCAACAAACGUGGAGGUGGACCUUUGUGUAUUGUGUAUGUUUGCACCUCAUUAUACAUGCUCAAUACAGCAGCCACUAGUAAUCCUUUUGUAAUAUGAAUUCACCUUCACUUUAUUUUUUAUGUUAUGUUUCCCGUUUAUAUAUAUUAAUUUGAAACAUCUCGAAAGAACUUUGUUACAUUGUACAGAUUUAAGGAAUAAUAACAGAAAACAAUUAAA